AUGGCGGUGGUGCCGGCAGCCCGGCGCGGCGGCCUCCCCUCCGCGGUGGCGGUUUCAUUGAGAAGUCUGAUGCCCGGCUCUAGAGUGCUCGUGCGCUACGCGGACGCAGGGGAGGACCUGCUGCAUGAGAGAUUGUGUUUGUGGGCAGUGAACGACAGAGAGUGGGUGACGGAGUCGCCCGACGGGGAUCAGAUGUCCGAGGAGUUCGUGGGCGCUGACAUUGAGGAGUUCAUCGUGUUGGCGCCUGGCGGGGUCGUGCCCGCCCAUGUAGUGACGCCGCGGUACCGAUUUCGGGAGGAGGUGGGCCCGCGGGCCCUCAGGCUGAAAAUGACGGAGGCGAAGCUGUUGGCGAGGUCGGCAGCUCGGCCGAGUGACGGGGUGAUCACGACCGUGCCGUUCGCUCAGCUGUGGGACGGCCAGGUGGUGGCGCUGGACGACCUCUGGAAGGGAGGGGGGAUCGUGCCGCCACCGAGGCGACUUCGAGGCAAACAAGAUCGACUGGGUGACGGAGAUGUUGAAGAAAUCCGAGGGACCGCGACCCCGCCGCCCGACGACAGCACGGCGGUCGCUGCGCUGCCCUUGGUGGAGGACGAGGCCGACUACCGCGGAGCGGAGGCUUCGCCGGGCCUGGGGAAGUUGCCCCAGGGACAGGGUGCCAGCUCGACGGACGAGGUGGGCGACGACGCGAGGACCUUGGCUGUGCUGCGUGACGAACAAGGGGAGCGGUUUCGCUCCUGGAAGGAGGCCGUCGCGAAGAUGCAUGAGAGCUUCUACGAGGACUGGCCCGUCGAGGGCCCCCGGGCCAUGCUGUGGAUGGCGAAGAACAUCAAGCGCGCCGGGGGCUCGCCGAUGCAAUGGUACCACAAGUACUUAACCAAGAACCGCAUCGCCGCCUCGGACCGCCUCGCGGACGAGCUCCAGGCCAUCAGGGGGCCCGGCGAGGGCCGUUUCGAGGACGAGGAGUUGUGGUCGGGCCACCAUCAGCGGACGGCGGGGAUCGCGCUGGCCCUGACGGCGCACGUCGCCACCCGCACCAAGGAGAAGGCUGAGAUCGAGAAGCAGCGCCAGAAGGCCCAAGAGGAGGGGCUGGAGGCGCAGGAGGGAACUAGCUGUGCGACGGCGGCCUGCAGGGACCCCGCUGCAGGCCGCUUCUACCUCGGAGGGGUAGCGCCCGCGGGCGCGCUUUUGGCGCUGAGCUUGGCGGUCGUCGCCGUGCUGAGCCUCUUGAUUUUUUUUGAGAUGCAGCCCGAGUUCUUUCCCUUGCCGACGCUGAUCGAGGCCGCCCAGCACGUGCGGAGCGUGAUGCAGCGCUCUCAGGCCGUUGAUACUGCACCUCGCCCGCAUGAAGCCGCACCCGGCUACGACUCGGAUGAGCACGUUGUGAGCGACUACCAGGAAGAGCUGUUGUCGGUGCCCGCCUCGUGCAAGGCGUACAUCAAGUUUGUCCGCAGGCUGGAGUCUAUUGGCGUCUUACGGUGUUGCACUUCGUCGAAGGAGCGCGCCGCUGUGUUCUGCGCCAAUAAGAAGUCGGGGAAACUGCGACUGGUGGUGGACGCUCGUCGCAGCAACCGCCGAUUUCGUGACCCGCCAGGGGUCGAGUUGGCGACUGCCGAGUCCCCAGGCCCGAUCGAGGUCGACGACGACGCCGAGAUCUUCGUCAGCACGGGGGACGUGCAGGACGACUUCUACCGCAUCAAGAUCGACGUGGAGCUGAGCCGGUACUUCGCGCUGCCGCCCCUGAGGGCGGAGGAGCUUGGCAUCCACGAGGCCGAGGGGGAGAGAUUGUCGCGUGACCGUUGGGUGCAUCCGUGUUUCGCUGUGCCCCCAAUGGGUUUUAAGUGGACUCUCUACCUAGUGCAGGAGGCGGUCACCAAGCAGGUGGAGACCGCGACGGGCGCGCCUGCCGACCGUCGGCUUCAGACGUUCGGCGACUCGCGCUUGAUCACCUCCGGCGGGCAACCCCUCCACUACGUCUACGUCGACAACGCGGAUCAGGCCUGCGACGCUCUCGACGACGUCGGCCUGGCCACUCAUGAGCACGCCCGUGCCCAGAAUGAUGCCGAGAUCCUGGGCGUAGCGAUCGAUGGCCGCUCCGGCACGGUGGCCACCGCCUUGAGGAGAAUGCGGAAGAUUGAUAGCCUGCUCACCUGGCUGCUGGACCGAGGGGCGGCGUCUGGACACCAGCUGGAGUCGACCGUAGGUUCUCGAGAUGCCCUGGAGGACAAGUUCACUAUCUACGUUCCCAAGGGCACUAACGACCCCGACGAGUUCUGGGAGGAGGGCCCCGAGUUCUCCGACAUCAGCCCCGACUGGAUCCUCGAGGCCUCCUGGAAGUUCGUGUACUCUGGAAGAUUCACCCGGAAGGAGCCCAUUCACGUUCUGGAGGCCAAAGGGAUGAUCUGGGCCCUGCGUCGGCACGUAAAACGUCCUGGGAUCGAAGGUCGCCACAUCGUGUUCUUGGGCGACAACUUGGGCCAGAUCCUGGCCUUCUGCAAGGGGAUGGCGACCUCGCCGCCCGAGGCCGCGGCCAGCUCGGGGCGGCGGGAGGAGCGGCGGCUCCCCAGCAACGGCCGCUGUGCCCGCGUGAAGGCGCUGGCGCCCCGGCCGACCAAGCAACGGUUGGUGGCCUGCCUGCCGCGGAGCGUGCCGGCAUCGCAGCCGGCCAAGACGAGGAGGCUGAGCGCGACGCUGGCCAGGCAGGAUCGCUUCUCGCUGGAGGCAGACACCUUCGGCCGCUCGUUCCUCGAGACGAAGGCUGUGGGCGACAAAGUCGACGAGCAGUACAUCGAGGUGAUGGAGGAGUUCGAGCGGGAGCGCGUGAGGCUCGGGCUCUCGCUCAACUCCCCGGAGGACAUCGACUGCGCGCUGAUCGAGGUGUUCGACGAGCGGUUCUUCAACGGGAUGGACGGCAGCGUCGGGCACUACCUGCUGGCUGCCAUCAAGGGGCUCCGUCCGGAGUUUGGGCGGGCUGGCACGCGUCGGCCCCCUCGAGCCCACCGUGCCCUCCAGGGUUGGGACCGCCUGGCACCUGGGCAGCCCCGCCUCCCGGAGGCCCGCCCUGUGUGGGCUGCUAUUCUGGCCGAGCUGGUUCGUGCGGGCUUUCGCACGAUGGCGAUCGAGACGCCGAUUGCCCUCGUGACCUACGGGCGCCCAGGCGAGAUCCACGAGCUGAAGGCGAAGUGGCUGAUCCCGCCGUCGGCGAAUGCGGGGCCGCACUGGACCUUCGCCAUCCGGCCGUCCGAGGAGCUGCAGCCCGCCAAGGAGGGGAUCAACGACGACACCGUGGUCUGGGACAAGGAGGACGCGUGGACCACGCAGCUGCUCGGCGACUUGACGCGCGGGAAGGAAGGCGACGCGCCCCUGUUCGACUACAGCUACGCGAGCUACCUGAGGCAGUUCAAGGCCGCUUGCCAGCGGCUCGGGCUGCCCGGGCUGGCGCCCUACCAGCUCAGGCACAGCGGCGCAUCGUGGGACCGCCUGCAGCUGAGAAGGACGCUCGACGAAAUCAUGAAGCGCGGCAGGUGGGGCAGCCACAAGAGCGUCGCCCGCUACGAGAAAGGAGGCCGAGUUGAGGCGCAGUGGCAGCGCCUUCCCCAGAGCUUCCAGAAGUUUGCGAUGUGGUGCGAUCACAACCUUCGGCGCGUCUUCCUGGACGGUAAGUACGAGUUGCGGGGCAAGGGCGGCUCAGGCGGCUCGGAGACGGACUCGGAGAGGUCAGUGCAGUCGAGAGGGUUCGGUACGCCAGAGCAGGUGAAGAAGACGAUGGCAGAGGUGCACGGAAGACUCGAGUCGGGCGGGGAGCACGAGCAACACGACCAGCGACGUGGAGGCCGUAAAGGAAAAGACCCACCUUGCCCGACUUGGGACGGAAAGGACCUCAGCGAGUGGCCAGAGAAGAGGCUGGCCAUAGACAGAUGGAGCAGAUUGACGGCGGUACCACCCGAGGAGCAGGGCGAGACCCUGCUACUGCACUUGACUAAGGAGGCGGCGACGGCGACGCGGCACCUACGACCAGGAUCGGUACAGUACGCAGGCGGUCUACAAGCAGUCAUUUUGGCAUUGGACACGUUGGCGUUCCCAGAGGCAGACGCGGAGACCUUCCAGCAGCUGGAAAAGAUUCUCCUUGCGGCCUCUAGGGCAAGAGAAGAGACGCUGAUGAAGUUCACCAAUCGAGUACGAGCGGAACAGAAAGAGUUAGAACGGCUACUCCCCAACGCAUUGAACGACACGGUCAUGGGUUUCUUGCUACUGCGAGGAGCGGGUUUGGCCAAGACUGAAAGGAACCAGGUCCUCAUCCAGACGGGCUACGGCUACAACGUUAACAAGUUAGUCUCGAUUCUGAAGCGGAUGACGGACGACAGCACGGUGACCGAGAAUAGUACACCGACAAAAGGGGCAUACUUGGAGGGAAUCGGCGAGGACGAGCCGCUGAUGUCCGAGGGCGGUGAUGCAGAGAGUGCUGUGUACGACGCGAUGGUCGAGGCGCUCGACUGCCUCGCGGCCAUCGUCCCACCACCGACGAAGCCGCGGACGCGGGGCGAGGCUCGGAGGAUCGUGGCGGACAAGAAGACCAAUCGGGGAUUUCGCAAACUGCAGGACGGCAAGAAGCUCAACGACAAGAUAGAGGACAUCAAGGAACGCACGAAGUGUGGCAUAUGUAAGAGGGUUGGACACUGGCAUCGAGAGUGCCCCGACAAACCCAAGAACAAGAAUAAGCCGACGGGAGGUUUCAUCGCCAUGACGGUGCUGCAGGACGCCGAGAUCUGCAUCUACAUGGCGACAGAGGCGAAGAUGGCGUCAAGGUCGAACCUAGUAGAGCACAUCAACCUGGUGAUCGACGCCAAGACGUCGGGCAGGCCGGGCUGGGGAGCACUCGACACGGCCUGCGGCUUCAACAUGAUGUGGCUGGGCACCUACGCGAAGUGGGAGAUACACUACAAGAAGGAGCACGGCAUCACGCUGCAGACGAUCCCGUACCACAAGAAGGACAGGUUCGGCAAUGACCAGAUCUGCACGGCGACGGACGGGGUGAUCAUCCCGAUCAUGCUGGGCGACUUCGUCGGUAUCAUCUUUGUGUGCCUGGUGCAGGGAGCGGCUCCACUUUUGUUGUCCAAGCCAUUCGUUGUGGAGGUGAGGGCGUCCCUCCAUGCAUUUCAGUCGGAGUUGGAUUUGCCUGAGCAGAGCCUGCGGCUCCCUUUGGUUCAGGUUAACAAGCAGAAUAUGGACAAUACCAAACACGCGAACAGCAUCAACAGCAAUCACGUGGACAACAUAAAGGCCGACGAGAACAGCAUCAACAUCAAGCACCUGAAGAACAUAAAUGACAACAUCCGCUCGCAGCACUCGUCCUCUUUCAUGCAGCGGAAGGUGUCGCCGCUGAGGGGGCGGCAGUCGGACGCCACCAUGAGCCAGGCCAAGACGACGGCGCCGAAGUUCAAGUGGCCCUGGCACGAGGUCAGCUCGGAGAGCCGACCGCCCACAGGAGUGAUGAUGUGUCGCUACUACGGUGUGGAGAACCAAGGACCUCGGACACCAGCUGUGGGCACGAGGGCCAGAGAUCACGACCCCAAGAAGGAGCAGCCCUGCCUUCACGAGUUUACCCGCCACGGCGGGAAUGCGAGAGCGUUCUGGAGCCAGUGCAGCGGAUGCAGGCUACACGUGGAAUUCUACCCCAAGGGAGCUCCCAACAUGAAGGAGAUCUGCGAGCAGCUCGAGGAGUACAAGAUCCUGGAGGCGGAGAUCAAGGGCUGGCAACCCCGAGCACCGAAAGCACGGACCUCGUCGGGAACUCCACCAGAGCCUUCGACACGCAGCAGCGCGCCACGCCAAGAUGGGGCCGAUAUCGAGAGCCAGAUCGACCUCGAGCCGGAGGAUCAGAUCGAGGGUCUGACGGAGACGGCCGAGCAGGAGGAGUGGGAGACGUUGGACGAGGAGGUGCAGGACCAGUCACCUCGGAGCAGGGCUCUGAUCGCCUUGAAGGAGCUGCUGCAGGACGAGAACGCCAACGCGACGACCAACCAGCUGGUGGAGAACCUGCGCGGCCACCUCGGGGCGGACAUCAGCGACCACAAGGCGCUCAAGGUGCUAGGCGAAACGGACAAGAUGAGGGAGGCCAUGGAGGACGCGAUUCCUGAGUGCACCGCCUUCAUCGGCCAGCUGGACGAGCAGGUUCAUGAUGACGACGAGAUGAUGGAGACUGGCGGGGUUCCCUUGCACGAAACUACAGAGCGGAAGCAUGUGAUGGUCGUGGCAGGACAUCACUUACUAGCGAGAAGUGGGCAGAAGGAGGCGUGGAACAUGAUCAAGAGUGCGAGUCCCUUACUCGUGAUCAUCAAGCCGCCCAAGGACAUCUACAACAAGAAGCUCAAGGAGAAGAUCGGCAGGGACGUGAUGACCUUCAUGUCGAACAUGGCGAUCCAGCAGGCGAUUAACGGCAGGUACUUCUACUGCGAGCAGGAGGAGAGCUCUCGAGAAUGGGAUGACCCGCUCAUCCAGAAGCUGGGGCGACUUCCCGAGGUCUUCUCGGGGAACGCUAAUGCACGAGGACGGGCAUGUUUGACCAACCUGCCUGGCCAGGCGUCAGAGUACGGGAAGAUGCUGAGCCAGGAGUUCGUGCAGGGCUCUAUGCAGAACAAGCUGGGGGACGUGCCGAUGCCCCUGCAGGAGCUUCCGGGAGCUCUGGUACGAGCUAUCGCGAAGGCCAAGAUGAGCGAUCUGGCGACCGUCGAGACGAAGAUGGACGACGAAAAGUCAAGUUUGCAGUGUGUGUCUUGUUGCGCGGCGCCUGUCUCCAACAACAAGGACGAGAGGAGCACGGAUCCGCAUGUCAAGCAGCAGGUACAUAAGAUACACGAGAACAUGGGUCAUUGCAGUAACGAGAAUCUUGUGUUGGUUUUGAAGUAUGGAAAGGCUCGCCAGGCCUUCAUCGAGGCCGCGCAGCAUCUGGUUUGUCCAAGCUGUGAGGCAAACAAGCGUCCCAGGCUGGCCAAACCGUCCAAGGCCCCCACGACCUACCAGUUCAACGACGUCAUCGGCAUGGACAUCUUCUUCGUCCUAGGUCCUGAGAACACCAACAAGGUGCCGAUGCUCAACAUCGUGUGUCACGGGACGGGGCACCAAGUCGUGAUACCGCUACCGAGCAGACAAGGUCAGCAGAUCAGACGACAUUAUCGUGCUUUCUGGAAGCGUGCGUACGGCACUCCCAGGAUCAUCGUGAUAGACGGCGAGACGGGUUUCUCAACAGGCGAGUUUCCAGACGCAGCUGAAGGAGACGGCACGGAGGUGAAGGUGACGAGCGCAACCUCGCCAUGGCAGGCGGGUAAGACUGAGAGGGCUGGGGGCACCUGGAAGGAGACCUUCUACCGCACCAGGCAGAAGUUCAACACCAAGAACUGGGACGACUUCUACGAGCUGGUCUACUCAGUCAACGUGGCGAUUGGAGAAAGUGUGCGGCGUGGUGGUUUCACGCCUUAUCAGAGAGUUGUUGGAAGGCCCUUUCAACUUCCAGAGAUCUUGGAGGAGGGCUCGCCGAGUUUGGCGACGGUAUCUCGAGCCAUGAACGGAGACGCCGAGCUUGCCAGGAGCAUCGGCACGCGCAAAGCAGCCAUGGCAGCGUACAUCGAGGCGGAGUGCACCGAGAAGUGGCGACGAGCUCUCAAUAGAAGGACUCGACCGCAGAGGGGCACUACUUUUCAGCCUGGAGAUCGCUGCUAUUUCUGGAGGAGUAGCACGGGCAAACUCCCCGGCGAGAUAUCCGCCUGGGAGCAGAUCGGCCACACGAUGAAGGAGGAGGUGAGCACCGAGAACCGCGGCAGGCGCAAGUAUGAGGACCUGACCAAGCAGCCCGCACCAACGGAGGAGGCUCAGGAUGACGUACCUCAGACAGCACCUCCAGAGCCAGCAGGUGAUGAUCAACCAGCGGCUUUCCUGGAGCCGCCGACGGUGGAGAUCGAGCGGUCCUCCGACGUGAAGGCAGAUCCAAUCCCUGUGGAUCCGCAGUACUACGAUCACCUCGACGACGUGCCGAUCACCAUCAAGAAGGCUCUAGUCAACCCUGACGCAGCGAUACCAGUGGCGCAACGUAUCGCUACCAUCGAGGAGAAGAUUCAGAAGGACCAGCAGGCUCCUCCCAAGAAGAAGAGGAGGGGAAAAGCUCAGGGCGCCACCAGUGCUCUGCUGACUAGUGCAGCUCAACGAGGACGCAAGGAGGUCACGGAGAAGGCUCUCGUGAACACCUACAAGUACCAGCCGUACAUCUCAGCCAAGCGCAGGGAGUGGGGCAACAUACAAAAGGCUGGUGCAGUACGUGUUCUCCAUCCCGAAGAGGCAGAACGAGUUCGACAGGAUCCCGCACUGACCACUCGGAUCAUGGGCUCCAGGUGGGCGCUUACGGACAAGGGCGGCGACCCCAACGAGACUGACGCGAGCAAGAAGCCCCUGCUCUUCAUGAAUGGAAGCGACUGGAGGAUGGCCAAGGCACGCUGGACCGUCCAGGGACACACCGACCCUGACCUGCUGGAGCUCGAAACCUACAGCCCAGCUGUUGGUAAGGAUUCGGUUUUCCUCAUUCUGCAGAUCCUGUACACCAGCAAGUGGACGCUGCAGCUCGCGGACAUCACGUCGGCUUUUACGACAGGAGACCCACUGGACAGGUCUCAGGGCAGGUUAUUUGUGGAGCUACCACGGACGGGUAUACCAGACGUGGAAACGGGCUCGCUGGUGGAGUUACUCAAGGCAGUCUAUGGACUCGGAGACGCCCCAGUACAAUGGCUGGCAUCUUUCACAAGUUAUGCCAAAGAGAUCGGUUUUCAGUGCUCCAUCUUUGACGGCUGCGUCUUCUACUUCAGGGACGACGAGGGCUUGCACGGCGUCGUGGGGCUUACGGUGGACAACAUCGUGGGCGGUGGCGACCAGAAGUUCGAUGAGGCCUGCAAGAAGUUGCGUCAGAAGUUCCCCUUCGGUGCCUGGCGUCUCAAGAAGGGGAAGUACACGGGCAAUGAGCUCGACCAGAACGACGACAACACGGAGAUCACGAUUUCGCAGCGCCAGAGAUCCGCCAAUAUUCAACUGAUCGACAUCGCCACAGAAAGGCGCAAGACGCCGCAGUCACCAGUGACGCCAGCAGAGUUGCAUCAGGCACGGAGCCUGUGCGGCUCCAUUUCGUUCCUGGCGCGGGGCAAGAUGCCGAAUCUCACCGUGGACGACUUGAUGGAGGCAAAUCGUAUUGGCCGCAUGACCAAGGAGUUCUGCGACGUAGUGCUCAAGGUACGACACAUCCCUUUUCACGAGCUGGCCUUCGCCGCCUUCAAUGACGCUGCUUGGGCCAAUGCACGAGAUGGAGCUUCGCACGCAGGAUACAUCGCGUUCGCUACGCAGCGUAAAAUCUUGAAGGGCGAAGCGGCCACCAUCUCCAUCCAAUCCUGGAAGAGUCACAAGCUGACGAGGAAAUGUGCUCACCAGUUUGGUGCGGAGACGUUGGCCAUAUUGGAGGGCAUGGGUAUGGCGGAGCUCAUCAGGACCAUGCUGCUGGAGAUCGUCGACUCCGAGUUCGAUCUGAUGCGUCCUUACCUGCUCGCUGGUCGUUUUCCCGUCAUCAGUGUGACCGACUCCAGGGGCGGGCACGGUCAUGUUAUUAACCCCAAGGCGGGACUGGCAGAGGACAAGAGGGCAGCGAUCGACGUGGCCAUCGCGCGCUCAGCGAUGCAGCGACCUCAGGUUCACCUGCGAUGGAUCGAGGGUACCAGUCAGCUGACCGACCCGCUCACCAAGCGCAAGGGUUAG